AUGGCAGCAACUAAGCAAUUUAUUCGGAGUGACUUUGAUCAUUUACUUUAUUCAUUUGUUGAUGAAAAUCAAUUUCCUUGGCUUGAUCCUAGUUUACAUGAACGACAAUUAACUACACAUGAUAUUGAUAUUAAUCGAUUAUUUACUAUCGAAAGUCUUAAUGAUGAACAUGAUCUUGUAGCAGAUAGAAAUUUAACCACUGGUGAAAUAAUUGGUUUAUGUGAAGUACCAAUUAUACCUAAACCAGUAAUUAAUAUAAAUCUUGAAGAUGAUCCACCAUUAUAUCCUAAUGAAUUUCUUCAACCAGCUCCAAUAUCAUGUCCUUGUUUACCUAUAACUAUAAAUGAAAUAUCAAAUGAAAAUAAUCCAGAUUUAGAAACAAUUAUUAAUCGAAAUGAUACAGAUACAUUAUUAUCAAAUAAUGAUAAUCUUUUAAAAUCUUUAUCAAAUGAAGAUGGUCUUGGUAUGGAUCUUCCAUCGACAACAAUAUCAUUUAAUCCAAAUUUCGAUAAUCAAUAUGAAACAUUUCUUCAUAAAUGGAAAUCUGAUCUUGAUGAUAUUAAUUUGCAAUCAACAUUAAAUCAACAACAAUCAUCAAUUAUUGAUACACCUAUACCAUCCAAACUUCGUCUUGGUGGUUUAUUUGAUAUACCAUUACCAGAUCUUAAAUUUCGAUCAACAAUGAAAGAUGUAAAUAAAACAGCUGAACAACAAUUAAAUCGUUCAUAUGCAAUUGAAUUAAAUCCAAAUGAAAAACUUGGAGAUUUUCGUUUAAGAGUACCUGAUAUGGCUAUUCAAUAUCCAUUUGAAUUAGAUACAUUUCAAAAACAAGCUAUUUUAAGAUUGGAGAAUAAUGAAAGUGUUUUUGUUGCAGCACAUACAUCAGCAGGCAAAACAGUUGUUGCUGAAUAUGCUAUUGCUCUUGCACAAAAUCAUUCGACUAAAGCAUUUUAUACGAGUCCAAUAAAAGCCUUAUCAAAUCAAAAAUAUUGUGAUUUUAAAAAACGUUUUAAUGAUGUCGGUCUUCUUACUGGUGAUGUUCAAAUUAAUCAUGAAGCAUCAUGUUUAAUAAUGACUACAGAAAUUCUUAGAUCUAUGCUUUAUAAUCGAUCAAAUACACUUAAGUCUCUUGAAUGGGUUAUUAUGGAUGAAAUACAUUAUUUAAAUGAUACAGAAAGAGGUUUUGUUUGGGAAGAAGUAUUAAUUAUGUUACCUGACCAUGUUGGUUUAAUAAUGCUUAGUGCAACUGUAUCUAAUGCUCGAGAAUUUGCUGAAUGGGUUGGACGAAUGAAACGACGAAAUGUUUAUGUUAUUUCAACAUUCAAACGACCAGUUCCACUUGAACAUUUUCUCUAUACAGGAAAUAGUACAUCAACAAAUAAAGAAUUAUUUAUGAUAAUUGAUUCUGAACAAAAAUUUCUUGAACGAAAUCAUGCACAAGCUGUUGCAGCGAAAGCAGCAAGACAAAAAGAUCGUCAACAAAAUUUUGGUUCUAAAACUCGAUAUGAUACUUUAAAUACUAAUCAGAAUAAAACAUUAUGGACAUCAACAAUUUAUAUGUUACGUGAUAAACAAUUAUUACCUGUUGUUUGUUUUGUAUUUUCACGUAAACGUUGUGAUGAUUAUUUAGAAUUAGUUAAAGGGCUUGAUUUAAAUUCACAAGAAGAUAAACAUUACGUAUCACAAUUUUUUCGACAAGCUUUAUCAAGACUUAAUGAAUCUGAUCGACAAUUACAACAAGUUAUGAAUAUGCAAGAAAUGGCUAAACGUGGUAUUGCAAUACAUCAUAGUGGUGUUUUACCAAUAUUACGUGAAUCAGUUGAAUUAUUAUUUCAAACUGGUCGUAUUAAAGUUCUUUUUGCAACAGAAACAUUUGCGAUGGGUAUUAAUAUGCCUGCAAGAACUGUUCUUUUUGAUUCAUUACAAAAACAUGAUGGUAAAGGUUUUCGUGAACUUAUACCGAGUGAAUAUAUUCAAAUGGCUGGUCGUGCAGGUCGUCGUGGUUUAGAUAAAACUGGAACUGUUAUUGCCUUAUGUAAAGGUGAUGUUCCUUCCAUAUCUUCACUUAAAGGCAUGAUACUGGGUAAAUCAGCUCAACUUCAAUCACAAUUUCGUUUAACAUAUUCAAUGGUUUUAAAUUUUCUUCGUGUUGCUGAAUGUCCAUUAGAAUAUAUGGUAUCAAGUUCUUAUUCUGAAUAUCAUAGUCAAAAAGCAAAUGCACGUGAUAUAAUAGCAGCAAAUAAACUUCGUACAACAAUUGAAACACUUCAACAAACAAUAAAAUCAUUUUAUACAAAUGAAUUUAAAAAUUAUUUUAAUCAAUGUCAACAAUUUUGGAAUAUAAUUUUUCAAAUUCAACAAAUAUUAAUUAAUCAUGAUAAAAAUUCACAUCGUUUACUUGAUGAUUUACUUAAAUGUGGACGAAUUAUACGUAUACGUGAUAUAUAUGAAAUAGAUAUACCAGCUAUUGUACUUGAUGGUUCAUUUAGUACAUCAGGAAAAAAUAUAAAUCAUCAACGUAUUAUAUCUGUUUUAGUUAUAAGUCAAUCAACAAAUCGUUCGUUAACAGAUUUAGAUCGAUUAAUAUUAAAAGAAAAUGAACAAAUGUUUAUUUUACCUGUACAAAAAUGGACUAUAGAUAUAAAUGAUUUAGAACAAAAAUUAAUUUAUCAAAUUAAAAAUAUUCAUAUUACAGAUAUACUUGAUAUAACAAAUGAAAUAAUACCAAAUAUAAAUUAUAAUAAAAUAUUAGAAGGUCAUUGGAAUCAUCGAAUGAGUGAUACAUUUGAUAUUGAACUUGAAUCAACUAUUGGAAAUGAUAAAGCAUUAAGACAAGCAGUAGAAAAAUUGGCAUUAAUUAGACUAAAUUCUAAUAAUCAAUCAAUUGCAUCGAAUCGUUUUAUUCUUUUAAAUGAUCUAUUAAUAAAAAUAUCUCAAUCAUCAUUACUUAACAAUCUUCAUGAAAUUAAUUUAAAACUUGAAAAUGAAAUAUAUUCAAAUCUUAAUGAAAAUUUUCAUCAUAUACGUAAAUUAAAAUUUUAUGAAAAUAAAUAUAAUGAUAUGAAUGAACGUAUAUCAUCACUUCAAGCAAAUCUUCAAACAUCAUUUGAAUAUGAAUCAAUGCUUGAAGUUUUAAAAAAAUUGAAUUAUUUAUCAAAUAUAAAUGUAUUAAGUUUAAAAGGUCAAGUUGCAGCAAUAUUUGGUAGUGGUAAGGAACUUUUAUUAACUGAACUUAUUUAUCAAAAUUUAAUUGAUAAUUUAAUGCCAAGUGAAAUAGCUGCACUUUUAUCAUCGAUUAUUUUUCAAGGUAAACGUUUCGAUAAUGAAAUUAAUGAUGAAAAUCAGAAAAAGGAAAUUACUCCUGCAUUACAUCAAGCGAAACAACGAUUAAUUUCAAUCGCUAGUAGACUUGAUCAAAUUCAACGUGAUUAUAAAAUUCCGACUAAUAUUGAAGAAGAACUUAAUUUUAGUAUAAUGUCAUUAGUAUAUAAAUGGGCACAAGGUGCAAAAUUUUAUGAUAUUAUGAAUGAUCCUGAUAUGGAAAUUAUUGAUAUUCAAGAAGGAACAAUUGUUCGAACAAUAAUGCGUAUUGAAGAAUUAUGUUCAGAUAUACGUAAUGCAGGAAAAACAGUUGGAAAUUCUGAAUUAGUUGAUAAACUUAAUCAUGUUACGGCAUUAAUCAAACGUGGAAUUGUUUUUGCACCAAGUCUUUAUUUUUCCGAUACAAUUACAACACUUUGA